CACAAAACGAAAUAAUGGUCAAGACACGCCAAUGGCAGCUGGCACAUCAGCCAAGGGACGAGCCUCAGCUCGACGGCCCUGAGCAGACCUUCAAAUUGAAGGAAGUCGACCUCCCAGAACUUCAAGACGAUGAACUUUUGAUCAAGAUCACCGACCUGUCCAACGACCCAGCUCAACGAGGCUGGAUCGACCCAGACCUCGCCGAGAGCGGCAGACUCUACGUCCCGCCUGUCAAGGUCGGAGCUCCGAUGUCUGCCCGCGCGCUGGCUGAGGUCGUCGAGUCGAGGUCAUCGGACUACAAGAAGGGCGACGUUGUCAUUGCCGCUCCAGGGUGGACUGAGAUGGCUGUCGUUAAGGCUAGUGCUGUGCAGCCCGCUAAGGACCUUCCUGGAAACAUGAGCAAGACUCAUUACCUGGGUGCUUUAGGAGGUACUGGCUUGACAGCUUACUUCGGACUCACUGAGGUUGGCCAAGCGAAGAAGGACGAUAUCGUCGUAAUCUCAGGAGCGGCGGGUGCUACUGGAUCGAUGGCGGUGCAGAUAGCCAAGAAGAUCAUCGGCUGCAAGAAAGUCAUCGGUAUUGCGGGAACCGAUGAGAAGUGCAGAUGGGUGGAGAAGCUCGGUGCCGAUGUGUGCCUGAACUACAAAUCCUCUUCAUUUCAAGAAGACUUCAAAAAGCAAACUCCAACCGGUGACGGCUUCGUCGACGUCUACUUCGACAACGUUGCAGGCGACAUUCUCGACCUCGUCCUCACCCGCAUGGCCAGCCGCGGUCGAGUCAUCGCCUGUGCUGGCCUCAAGAACUGGUUCGAGAUCGUCAUCAUGCGUGUCAGAGUACAGGGUUUCAUCGUGCUGGACUACAUGAAGGACUUUCCGAGGGCACUCGACGAGCUCAGACAGGCACUCGAGGAUGGAAAGCUGGAGAUUGAGGGAGGUGAGACUGUAGUCAGUGGAUCGUUCGAGGACGUCCCGAAGACGUGGCUGAAGCUGUUCAGCGGGUCAAACCAGGGGAAGUUGGUCACACAUAUCGAUUGA